UAUUGCUGGAUUUUGCUACAUUUUUCUUGUACUCUCAACAUGUUAGCUAAUUCCAGCCUCAUCUCUUCAAAUUUCUCUACUUUACUAUUUCUUAGAAAUCAGAAAGUUGCUACUAGAAUUUCAUUAGCAAACUGUCACAAAAUCAAGAAUCCACCCAAGAUUCAAUUUUUAAAAAACUCAAUCUCAGGAUUUGGGGUAAAGGGUAGUCUUCUUUAUGUAUGUCAUAGUUCAUUAAAUCUUCAAAAUCAACAAGACCCAUCUAUGGAAAAAGAUUUAGAUGGUUCUACAGAGGAGAAUGAGCUUGGUGGUGGAAGUAAUAAUGGAGGAAAUGGAGACCAAUGGGAUUGGACGACGUCGUUUGUACUGUUUGGCUUGUGGUCUGGACUCAUGUACUAUGUUUUCUUCCUUGCUCCUAACCAGACCCCGUUGACAGACGUGUAUUUCUUAAAAAAACUCCUUAAUUUGAAAGGAGAUGAUGGAUUCCGUAUGAAUGAAGUGCUAGUGGGACUUUGGUAUAUCAUGGGUUUAUGGCCAUUAGUUUACAGUAUGCUGCUCCUUCCUACCGCUAGAAGUUCGAAAGGCAGCAUUCCUGUUUGGCCUUUUCUUGUACUUUCAUGCUUUGGUGGUGCAUAUGUUCUCAUUCCUUAUUUUGCUCUCUGGAAACCACCACCUCCACCUGUUGAAGAACCUGAGCUUCAAAGGUUACCUUUGAAUUUGCUCGAAUCUAAGCUAACAGCAGGGAUCACAAUGGCUGCAGGGCUAGGGAUAAUAUUUUAUGCAGGUUUAUCGAGUGGAGAUGUCUGGAAGGAAUUUUACCAAUACUUCAGAGAAAGCAGAUUCGUCCAUGCGACGUCGAUUGAUUUCAGUUUACUAUCAGCAUUUGCACCCUUCUGGAUUUACAAUGAUAUGACUGCUCGAAAGUGGUAUGACAAAGGAUCUUGGCUUCUUCCGCUGUCGGUGAUCCCUUUUUUGGGUCCAGCACUAUACCUUCUCCUACGCCCAUCUAUUCCAACAGUACCAGCCUUAUCAAGCCCAACUUCGACUGAGGAAAAAUGAUACAGAUUUCUUACACAAGGAUUCUACUAGCAUGGUACAUUGAGCAAAUAUAACACACUGGUGAAAGCUCUGCUGUCUGUAAUGUACAGUAAAGAGCACAAACUACAACAAACUGUUUUUCAGGUUAUCACCUGCUCUGUAGAGCAUAGUUCAGCAGUUGAAAUGAAGACCAUUUAUGCUGGAAAUUACUAACUUGUUGCUCAUCUGUUCUUCUUAAUUCUAUUUUACUGCUAUUGCUUUAUAUUAAUUUUCACACGAUGCAUAUAAUUUCCAAUUUCAAGUAUACUAUAAUUUCAUCUAUAGUUGACAACCCUCGUAAUGGGCAAGUGUAAUAACUAGAGAUUCUUUCAUAUAUCUUUAUGUAUACUUGGUGAUUUGUGUAUUUGUAAUUAUUAUUGGUA